GCCGGCGGGGCUCAGCACUGCUGCGAGCACCUCGGAACCCGGCUCUCAUCACACCAGCUGAACUGAACCUAACCCAACCGGAGCCAUGGACCCCCAGGACUGCACCUGUGCCGUCGGUGACUCCUGCUCCUGCGCUGGGUCCUGCAAGUGCAAGAACUGCCGCUGCCGGAGCUGCCGCAAGAGCUGCUGCUCCUGCUGUCCCGCAAGCUGCAGCAACUGUGCCAAGGGCUGCGUGUGCAAGGAACCGGCCAGCAGCAAGUGCAGCUGCUGCCACUGAGCCGCUGCUCUGCGCCUGUAAAUAGCCGUCCCGCUUCGGGGAGAGGGGGGGGGGUGGGUGGGGGAGCACCAAAAAAAGCUCCUUUUUUUCUUUUUGUUUUUUUUUUUUUUUUUUUUUUCACUUUUUGUAUUUUCUGGACCAGAAAUGUUUCUGAGUGGAAAUAAAGGAGUUUGAGUGGGA